AUGACAAUGCUCGUCAAUCUUCAAACAUUUCAAAGAAAACAAUCAAAUUAUUCCGAACCACAUCAAAAUGAAGGACAAUUAAAAGAUCAAUCAGUUACAAUAAAUAAUAGUAAAAAGUCGACAAAUAAAUCAUCAACAAAAUAUGAUCUUUCAUUUAGUUUUCAAAUUCGAUGUAAAGUAAUAUCAAUAAGUACAGUUCAAAAUUUUGGCGCAAAUAAAGUUAUUGAUGGCAUCGUAUGUGAUAAAUCUGGCGAAAUAAAAAUAGUAGCCUUCCAUGAACAGGCGAAUCGUGCUUUACAAAAUAUGAAAAUUAAUGAAAAACUAACAUCUAAUUUAAAAUAUCGAAGUCCAUUUUCAAAAAACGAAAUUCAUAUAUAUCCAUCAACAACAAUUCAAAAAUAUGAAUCUACUGUAUUCGAUCCAUUAAUUCAAAUUAAACCAAACCCAUUACGCGAAAUAUAA